CUGUACCCACAAUGCCGUGCGGCGCUGCCCGCUCCGCUCCAUCAUGGAGGCGGCCGCCGCAGCUGGCGCAGCUGGCGCAGCCCCGCCGCCCGCCGCCGCCCGGCCCCGCACCCCCUGAACCCCGCGCACCCCUCGGGCUCCAGCAUGAGCGGCGGCAGCGGGGGCGGCUCCUCGGCACCCGGCCGCUUCGCCGAUUACUUCGUGAUCUGCGGGCUGGACACCGAGACCGGGCUGGAGCCGGACGAGCUCUCCGCUUUAUGCCAGUAUAUACAGGCCUCUAAAACCCGAGAUGGUGCCAGCCGUUUCAUUUCCAGUGCAACAGAAGGGGAAAAUUUUGAACAGACUCCCUUAAGACGCACAUUUAAAUCCAAAGUUCUUGCUCGCUAUCCUGAGAAUGUUGAAUGGAACCCUUUUGACCAGGAUGCAGUGGGAAUGCUGUGUAUGCCUAAAGGGCUUGCUUUCAAGACACAAGCAGAUUCCAGAGAACCUCAGUUCCACUCUUUUAUUAUUACUCGUGAAGAUGGCUCACGGACAUUUGGAUUUUCUCUCACGUUUUUUGAGGAGGUUACUAGCAAACAGAUCUGCAGUGCAAUGCAGACAUUGUAUCACAUGCACAAUGCUGAGUAUGACAUUCUUCAUACUCCCCCCACGAAUGACAAAGGUAGCUGCAGCACCACCGGAGACUGCAAUGGCACUUCUGUUUCAAAGCUACAGCGUUUUAACUCCUAUGACAUCAGCAGAGACACACUCUACGUCUCAAAGUGCAUUUGUCUGAUUACUCCAAUGUCUUUCAUGAAAGCUUGUAAGAAAGUGCUAGAGCAACUUCACCAAGCAGUGACUUCACCUCAGCCGCCACCUCUCCCUUUAGAAAGCUACAUCUACAAUAUUCUCUAUGAGGUUCCUCUUCCUCCAGCAGGAAGGUCAUUAAAAUUUUCAGGUGUUUAUGGACCAAUUAUCUGCCAGAGGCCAAGCACCAGCGAACUACCAUUAUUUGAUUUUCCAGUUAAAGAAGUCUUUGAAUUGCUUGGAGUAGAAAAUGUGGUUCAACUCUUCACCUGUGCCCUCUUGGAAUUUCAGAUACUGCUUUAUUCACAGCAUUAUCAGAGACUGAUGACUGUGGCAGAGACCAUCACAGCACUAAUGUUUCCAUUUCAGUGGCAGCAUGUGUAUGUUCCUAUUCUUCCAGCAUCCCUCCUCCAUUUUCUAGACGCCCCGGUCCCUUACCUCAUGGGCUUGCACUCUAAUGGGCUGGAUGACAGGUCUAAGCUGGAACUUCCUCAAGAGGCUAACCUGUGCUUUGUGGAUGUAGACAACCAUUUCAUCGAGCUGCCAGAAGACUUACCCCAGUUCCCAAAUAAACUCGAGUUCAUUCAGGAAAUUUCAGAGAUACUAACGGCUUUUGGAAUUCCACCCGAGGGAAACCUUCACUGCAGUGAAAGUGCCUCCAAGAUGAAGAGCCUCAGAGCAUGUGACCUGGUUUCUGAUAAAAGAAAUGGGAACAUAGCAGGAUCGCCUUUGAAUUCCUAUGAACUGCUCAAGGAAAAUGAGACUAUUGCAAGACUCCAAGCACUUGUUAAAAGAACAGGCGUGAGUCUCGAAAAGUUGGAGGUGCGAGAGGAGACUGGUAGCAAAAAGGAUCUUAAAAUUCAGUGUGAUGAAGAAGAAUUCAAGAUCUACCAAUUGAACAUUCAAAUCCGUGAAGUUUUUGCCAACCGCUUUACACAAAUGUUUGCAGAUUAUGAAGUAUUUGUCAUUCAACCCAGUCAGGACAAGGAAUCUUGGUUUACAAACAGGGAACAGAUGCAAAACUUUGAUAAAGCAUCUUUCUUGUCAGACCAGCCUGAACCUUACUUGCCUUUCCUCUCAAGAUUCCUGGAGACCCAAAUGUUUGCAUCUUUUAUUGACAAUAAGAUAAUGUGCCAUGAUGAAGAUGAUAAAGACCCUGUUUUGAGAGUAUUUGAUUCUAGAGUGGAUAAAAUUAGGUUGCUAAACGUUAGGACACCGACUCUACGCACAUCUAUGUAUCAAAAGUGCACUACCAUUGAUGAAGCUGAGAAAUCUAUUGAAUUAAGGCUAGCAAAAAUAGAUCACACUGCAGUUCACCCGCACUUGCUGGACAUGAAAAUUGGACAAGGGAAAUAUGAGCUUGGAUUUUUUCCCAAGCUUCAGUCUGAUGUUUUAUCUACCGGACCAGCAAGCAACAAAUGGACGAAGAGAAAUGCUCCUGCACAGUGGAGGCGGAAGGACAGACAGAAGCAGCACACAGAGCACCUGCGUCUGGACAAUGAUCAGAGAGAGCACCUGGACUUUUCCAUGUCAGAGCUUCAGUUGCAGUUAUGUUUAGACUGGGACCAGCAUGAUUGGCCCUUCAUGCCCUCUAUAAAAUCUGUGUCAGAGCAUUAUCUGAAGUAUAUCCAAGAAGCCAGGAAUCUGGGCAGCACUAUUCGGCAGCCCAAACUGUCUAACCUCUCCCCAUCGGUAAUUGCGCAAACAAACUGGAAGUUUGUAGAAGGCUUGUUGAAGGAAUGCCGAAAUAAGACCAAGAGGAUGUUGGUUGAAAAAAUGGGUCGAGAAGCUGUGGAGCUAGGUCAUGGUGAAGUGAAUAUCACAGGUGUAGAAGAGAAUACCCUGAUAGCCAGUCUGUGUGACCUCUUAGAAAGGAUAUGGAGCCACGGUCUGCAAGUCAAACAGGAUAGAAGCUGUUCUGCUUUCGUCUUAGAAGACAGAGCAUCACUAUACUCUGCUUCAACUCAGAUUUGGGCCUUUCAGACCACCAGACGGCCAACCCUCCAUAAGGGAAAGUCUGCUUUGUGGUCUCAUCUGCUACACUACCUAGAAAACAGACAGAGAAAAGCUACAUCAGGCAGCUUCAGUACCUCAGGAAUCCUUCUUGAUUCAGAACGGAGAAAAUCUGAUACCAGUCCAGCCAUGUCACCUCUUAGAAUCUCUCUCGUCCAGGAUAUGAGGCAUAUCCAGAACAUUAGUGAGAUCAAAACCGAUGUUGGCAAGGCCAGAGCCUGGGUUCGCCUCUCCAUGGAAAAGAAGUUGCUCUCUAGGCAUUUAAAACAGCUGCUUUCAGAUCAUGAACUCACAAAAAAACUCUACAAGCGUUAUGCAUUCCUGCGCUGUGAUGAUGAGAAAGAACAAUUCUUAUAUCAUCUCCUGUCAUUCAACGCUGUUGAUUACUUUUGCUUUACCAAUGUUUUCACAACAAUCUUGAUACCAUACCAUAUAUUGAUCGUUCCUAGCAAGAAACUUGGUGGCUCAAUGUUUACAGCCAAUCCUUGGAUCUGUAUCUCGGGAGAACUGGGCGAAACAGGAGUCCUGCAGAUUCCCAGGAAUAUAUUAGAAAUGACUUUUGAGUGCCAGAACCUGGGAAAACUGACCACAGUGCAAAUAGGACAUGAUAAUUCAGGGCUGUAUGCCAAGUGGCUAGUGGAAUAUGUUAUGGUCAGAAAUGAAAUAACAGGGCAUACUUACAAGUUUCCCUGUGGAAGGUGGCUUGGCAAGGGAAUGGAUGAUGGCAGCUUGGAGAGGAUCCUGGUGGGAGAGUUGCUGACUUCCCACACGGAAGCUGAUGAGCGGCAGUGCCGAACCCCUCCUUUGCAGCAGUCACCAAGCAUGAUCAGAAGAUUUGUCACUAUAUCACCAAACAAUAAGCCAAAGUUAAAUACUGGUCAGAUACAAGAAGCUAUUGGUGAAGCUGUCAAUGGCAUUGUCAAGCAUUUCCACAAGCCAGAGAAGGAGAGAGGCAGUCUGACGCUGUUGCUGUGUGGAGAAAGUGGACUUGUUUCAGCUCUUGAGCAAGUCUUUCAGCAUGGAUUUAAAUCACCGAGACUCUUCAAAAACGUCUUUAUUUGGGACUUUUUAGAAAAAGCACAAACAUACUAUGAGACCCUGGAGCAGAAUGAACUGGUCCCAGAAGAGAACUGGCAGACAAGAGCCAGGAAUUUCUGUCGCUUUAUCACUGCUAUCAACAACACCCCUAGAAACAUUGGGAAGGAUGGCAAGUUUCAGAUGCUGGUGUGUCUUGGAGCCAGAGACCACCUUCUGCAUCACUGGAUCGCCCUGCUCGCAGACUGCCCGAUCACAGCACAGAUGUAUGAAGACAUAGCACUGAUCAAGGAUCAUACCCUUGUGAAUUCUUUGAUUCGAGUGCUGCAGACCUUGCAGGAGUUCAACAUUACGCUGGAGGCAUCUCUAGUCAAAGGAAUAGAUAUUUGACUGCUUGUCCCACAGAAAAAAAAACUAUCUUCCAAAAAAAAAAAAGCAACAAGGAGUGAAUCUCGUUAGUAUGCAAAAGUUCUGUCUGCCAGUACAUUGUAUCGUGAACUUGUUCAUGGCCCUAGAAUGCAAGUUUGACUUUUCUUCAAGGAAACUCCAAAAAAUAGUACAGGCAAAUGGAUAGAAGCUGUAAACUCAAUGUAAAAAAGAGGAUUUUGGUAUAAAUCUAUUUUAGAGUUUAUUUGCUGAUUUGCUUUUUACACACUUUCAUGUGAAAGAGAUAGAGAUGAGUAUUGUGCAGCUUAUUUUAAAGCUGCAGUAUUUCCUUGCCAUAGAAAAUGUGCAGUGAGCCUUUCAGCAUUCUGUGAACUUGCCUUCAGAUAUGCUGUGUGUCAUAGACCCCAAUGUAUACACUCCAUUUCUGCUGAGAAGGUCAUUCUAUAGUUUUUAAACUAAUAUUUUAUAUAUUAACAUUAUUACCAAUGUUUGAUUUUUAAUGUAUUGGGUCAUGUUCUGCUGCAGGGGAACUACAAAUCUGAUGUGUGCUUUUUAAUGGCUCCAAAGCACUGAUUUGUCAACAAAUCAUUUUUUCCUUUAUUUUUGUUGUCAGUAUUAUUUUUAGUGAAAUCCGGGAGACUGAACCAUGAAAUGUGCAGAGAUCAAAGUAAUAUUUUUCAUAUUGGUACGUAAUUGCACAGAAGACAUUAAGGGUGUUUUUAACAGAUGCUUUUUAUUUAUUUAACCUUCAUUGUGUUUUGUAAGUUUGUCUUUAAAAAAAAAAAUCUUCUAUGAUACAACUAGCUGUAUUAUGUUGCAAUUCAGAAUUUACAGUGCAGUCCACGUAAAUUAAAAACCUGGAAUAAUUGUUCAUAACUCAAAGAUGUUUCUGCUUGAACCAGCCUUUUGAAGUUUGGGACGGGGUUGCUGCUGGUGAUUCUCUUAACUGCUAAUAAAGAGGGACAUGAGUUCCCCAAAAGCCAGAUGACUAAAUAAAGAUGUUUACGCCCCCAUAAAAUAAUAAUAGUAUACCUUACUAACAAGUAUAAGGAUUUCUUAAUUUUUCUGCUAAGACAGUGAGUAGUCAAGUUUUUUCUCCUCCUUUUGAUGAAUAUGUCUUGGGUCCUGUUGUCACAGUCUGCUUCAUUUGGGAUGCUUUUAUUUUUAGCAGAGAAAGCUUUAGUCCACUUCUACAAUAAAACACAAACAUUUUGGAAGUUUAAUUUAUUGGAGAUCUGGAACUUGGCAAAUGCCUAAGGGCAUCUCUGUUCAUUUGAAUCCUCUGAUAAAAAUCUCUUUGGAAUGAAUAUGUGACUUAAGAACAGCAUCGCAAAUUACUGUACAGAAAUUCAGGGCUAUGUGUUUAAGAGGUCUCCGCUGUAUGAACUUAUCUCAGUAUUGUCCCUCUUUUGAGAAGCAGAGUCCAAGUUCUUCAGUUCAUCCAAUGUUAUAGCACCUUUUCUUUACCUACAGCUUAGCCACAUCUUGUGAUAGUCUUAUUCCCAUGAUUUAUGAGUAUAGCACAUGUAUUAAAUUUCUGACUAUUUUAACUUUUGUCCUAUUUAUUUCAUUAUUAAACUGAGAUGUUCCUUUGUCA